AUGGCCCCCAAGCCCGCCUCUACUGCAGGAAAGGCCCCUGCUUCGACUGCCUCCAAGGCCCCUGCGAAGACCACUUCUGGUGACAGUGCUAAGGCAGCGAAGAAGACUUCCAAGCCCGCACACGCAUCUGGUGACGAAACGAAGAAAAAGAGACGAAAGAGCCGCAAGGAGACGUAUUCCUCUUACCUAUACAAGGUGCUGAAGCAAGUGCACCCCGAUACUGGUAUCUCAAACAAGGCAAUGGCCAUCCUCAACUCGUUUGUGAAUGACAUAUUCGAGCGGAUUGCAACGGAGGCGUCCAAGCUUGCCUCGUAUUCCAAGAAGUCGACAAUCUCGUCGCGGGAGAUACAGACCGCCGUACGUCUCAUCCUCCCCGGUGAACUUGCCAAGCAUGCUAUUUCCGAGGGUACGAAGUCGGUCACGAAGUUCUCAAGUGCUGGUGCUAAAUGA